AUAAUGGUGCACAUGAAUGUCCUGGCAAAUGCUCUCAAGGGCAUCAACAAUGCUGAAAAAAGAGGCAAAUGCCAGGUCCUUAUUAGGCCAUGCUCCAAAGUCAUCGUCCGGUUUCUAACAGUGAUGAUGAAGCAUGGUUACAUUGGCGAGUUUGAAAUUACUGAUGAUCACAGAGCUGGAAAAAUUGUUGUGAACCUCACAGGCAGGUUAAAUAAGUGUGGAGUGAUCAGCCCCAGAUUUGAUAUACAGCUCAAAGACUUAGAAAAAUGGCAGAAUAAUUUGCUUCCAUCCCGUCAGUUUGGUUUCAUUGUCCUGACAACCUCAGCUGGCAUUAUGGACCAUGAAGAAGCAAGACGAAAACACACAGGAGGGAAAAUCCUCGGGUUUUUUUUUUCUAGGGGUUUAAAGAAAACCCCACCCCCGUUCAGGUUGCCUACCUGCAACCUGAAUAGAAAACUGUUUACGGGCAACUUAAAGAUUCCUCUCGCUCUUCCCAGACAGAGUGUGGGGUUCUCAGUUACUCGCCUCUUCUGA